UUUCGUCUUUCCACCUCCAUAUCAUCGAUUACCGCCAUAUUGAAUGAUAUACACAGUUAAUGACCCUUCACUCUACUCUACGCACUAAACCCAACUUGUUGAUCGAAAACCCUAAUCGUUCAUUGAAAUCUUGCAUUUGAUCAUCAACCGCAAUCGUAAGUUUGAAUCCACGAGGAUGGUCCAAAUGUGGGAAAUCAGGCCAAGAAAGCAGUGUUUUGAUGCAAUCCGAAUUUACGAAGGAUAUCCCACGAUGUUCACUAUUGAGCUCCAUCAUGGAGGGAGGUUCACAAAAUUCCCAGGGAUAAGCUACAUUGAAGGAAAAUUAGACCACAUUGACUUGGUAGACAUGGAUGAGUUCUCUGUGCAUGAGUUGGACGAGGUGAUGCUGAAGCUUGGUUAUGAUGUACCACCAGUCAUUUACUACCACUAUCAAUUGCCAAAUGGAGAUUUGGAGUUUGGUCUUAGAGCUCUAGGGAAUGAUAUUGAUGUACUUAGUCUUGCACAGUACAUUGAACAUCAUAAGAUCAUCAAGGUAUACACUGAACAUAAUGAAACUAAGUUACUUACAUACUUUAUGUCUCCAAGAGUUAAACCUAGGGUCAUAAUUGAGGAAAUAGCAGAUGAUGUGCCCACUGCAACUGUUGGUGAUCAAGAUGUCCCAAAUCUUGAAUUGUGUUUAGUAAGAUAUGAGACACCCGAAUACAAUUCAAAUAAGAGAUUGAGGUUAGUUGAUGGGAGUCAAUCAUGUAGUAAGAAAUUGUGUUUCAACUUGGAACACACUGCAACUGUUGGUGAUCAAGAUGCACAUGUUGAAAUUGGUAAUGAAGGUGCAAAUAUUAGUGAGCAAGGUGCAACUGUUAGUGGUCAAGAUACACAUGUUGAAAUUGGUAAUGAAGGAGCAAAUGUUAGUGAUCAAGGUGCAGCUGUUGGUAAUCAAGAUACAAAAGUUCAUGAUCAAGGUGCAAAUGUUGGUGACCAAGAAGUAAAUACAAGAGAGUUUGAUACCUUUGAUGACCAACCAUUUCAAUUUGAAGACUUUGAUCCUUUCUUUGAUCAAUAUACUUUUAAUGAUGGUAAUGAUCAGAGUAUGGGUGUUGGUGCAGAACUUGGCACAGGACUAGGGGAAGUUCAAUUUGAAAGUGAGGGUGUUUGUGAAGGACUUGGUGAAGGAGGUAGUGAAGGGGGUAGUGAAGGGGGUGGUGAAGGGAGUGAGGAAGACAGUGAUUUUCUUGAAGAUGAAGAAAACUAUGUAAGUGAUAUUGAGGUGGACAUGAGUGAUUUCUAUAUGAAUGUUGAUCUAGAUGUUGAAUAUGUUGACAGAGGAAAAGGUGUUGAGACUGAAAAUGAAGUUGUUGAUACAGAAGAUGUUGAAGAUGUUGAAGUAAUUGAUAAUGAUGAAUGGGACUUAUUAGGUGAAGAUAGUGAUGAUGAAAGAAGGAAAGCAAUAUUAAAACAGAUGGUGAAGGAGAAGAAGUGCUCUCUUGGUGAAGUCCAUACAGUUACUUUUCAAGUGGGUCAAAAGUAUAAAAGUAAAAAGGAAAUUAAGAACAAAGUCAACAAACUUGCCAUUGAGACUAGAAGGAAUCUUGGCUUCAAGAAAAACGACAAAACAAGGCUUAGGGUUGUGUGUAAAGGUAAUGUACCUAAUGUAAAUGCAAGUGGGGUAGGUAAGGGCAAUAAAUUAAAUUGUUCUUGGUCAAUGCAGACUUCACGGUCAAAAGAUAGUGAUUAUUGGUAUGUGAAAACUUUACUGGACAAACAUACUUGUGUUCAAACUAGAAAACUUAGGGCUUGCACUGCGAAGUAUAUAUCUGCAGAAAUCUUAGACAUGGUCGAGUCUAACCCUACAGUACCCCUUCGAAGCAUUCAAGAGCAAGUUCAGAAGAGGCUUCAAGUUGGUGUGUCCAUACACAAAGUACAGAGAGCAAAAGCAACAGCUACAAAGCAAGUGAGUGGUGACUACACAAAGCAAUACGAGGUGUUAAGAGAUUAUCUUAUGGAACUACAAGCAACUAAUGUGGGUACAACUGUGAAGCUUGAGGUUGUUAAUGAGCCUAACAGUACUAGAGAAACAAGGCAGUUUAAAAGGGUGUAUAUUUGCUUAGGGGCAUUAAAGAAAGGGUUUAAAGCAGGUUUAAGAGAUAUUCUGGGACUAGAUGGUGCUUUUAUGAAAGGACCCUUUCCAGGCCAAGUACUCACAGCAGUUGGAUUGGAUUCAAACAACGGCAUAUACCCACUUGCAUAUGCCAUUGUUGAGACUGAAAAUAUGAGUAGCUGGAAAUGGUUUCUAGAAUGCUUGGGAGAUGACUUAGAGUUGUGCUCAAAUUCUAACUUUACUUUCAUGAGUGAUAGACAAAAGGGACUCUUACCUGCUAUAGCACAACUAUACCCACAGGCUGAGCAUCGAUUCUGUCUAAGACAUAUUUAUGAGAACAUGAGGAAAAAAUGGAAAACAAAAGAGUAUAAAGAUCACUUAUGGCAGUGUGCAAUAGCAACCACAGUACCAGAAUUUGAACACUACAUGAAUGAACUUAACAAGUUUGAUAAGGAUGCUUUUGAGUGGUUGAAGAAAAUCCCCCUCACCAUUGGGCCAGAAGCCACUUUUCAGGUUACAUUCCCUAACUUAGGUGAAGCUUUACUAGUGCUCAUUGUAUAUGGUUUAGUUCAUAUAAUUUUCUUGUUUAAUACAGGCAGAGCAGGAUCAGAUAUAUUGCUCAACAAUUUAUGUGAGGUUUUCAACAGUAAGCUUAUUCAUGGUAGGAAUAAGCCCAUCAUAAGUUGUCUUGAGUACAUCAGGCAGUACCUUAUGAAGAGGAUUUGCAAUGUGAAGAAAGUGAUGUCCAAAGCUCCAGGUCCACUCACUCCAACAGCAUCAAAGUUACUUGAGAGAAAUAGGGAAGCUUCAGUCCAAUAUAGAGCUAGAUGGAAUGGGACUGCAAAGUAUGAAGUUUAUGGUCCUUGGCAUGACCAGCAUGUGGUUGACAUGAAAAAUAUGUCAUGUACAUGUAGAAGGUGGGAAUUGAAUGGGAUUCCAUGCAGGCAUGCCAUAGCUACAAUACAUGAAAUGGCUGAUAGUGGAGACAAAGUUGGGGAGCUUUACACUUAUGUUAACAAAGUGUAUUGGCUUCAAACAUGGAAUGAAGCUUACUCUUACACUGUGGACCCUAUAAAGGGUAGAGCCAUGUGGCCAAAAAGUACCUGUCCAUUUCAAUUAACACCACCACCACAUCACAAUCAACCUGGGAGACCUAACACCAAGAGAAAGAGAAGUGCAGAUGAAAAAUAUGAUAAACAGAUGCAAAAUCAUGGUGCAGGUGAACCUGAAAAACUUACCAGAAAGUUUGUUAGUGUUAGGUGUGGGAAAUGCAACAAUAGGGGUCAUAACUCAAGGACGUGCAAGGGUCAAGGUGGGAAUGCAGGAAGAAAUGAAGGAGGGAAUGCAGGAAGCAGUCAAGGAGGGAAUGCAUGA